UCCUGGGGAAGCCUGGCUUGUCUUGGUGGGUGGGGACGGUCACUGUCAGCCUUUUGGACACACAGACAGAGACAGACAGGAUGGAUUUCCUCCGGCUACAUCUCCCUGGGCUGCAUCAGGCCUUGAGGGGGGCACUGGAUUCUUUCAGCACCUUUGUCUCCUACCUUCUAGGAGAUGAAGUCCCCACAGCAGAGAGGAGGGAGGCAUGGGCAGCGGAAGAACUGGGGGAAGUGGCUGCAGGAAGCCUGGGGAGGAUAGUAGAGGAGGAAGCCCAGGAGGCCCUGGAGGGCCUUGGAGGCAGCCAAAGCAAGGGGGAGAGAGGGCUCAGAGGGCCUGGAGAGGCUGGAAGAUGCCCGGAGGGAAGCUCGGCUACCAAACAGACCUGGGGUGGGGGAGAAGGCAGCUCCCAUGGGGCUCAAGCAGAUAGGCAGGACACUGGGGCCUGGGAGGCAGCCAAGGCCACCAAAUGCCAGGAGUUCAGUGUCCCCUUGGAGGCCAGAAAGAAGCCUGAGGCAGGGUCUGAGGCUGGUCGAGACAGGAGGAGCCAAUCCCAGGAGAGCCAGGAGGCUGAUGAGCAGGAAGUGAACAGAAAGGAGACACCGAGAACCUGGGAACGGGAGGAAGAGGAAGAGUUCAGAGCAGCAGAGCCAGGGGUGGCCAGAGGGGCGGAGUCAGAGUGGACCUGGCAUAAGGAGCCUGAGGGCAAGGCUGGUGCUGAUGGGCAAAAGGUGGCGGGGGACGACGAUGGGUCAGAGCAGGUGGUCAAGGAGGCAGCUGCAGAGGAGGUCCGGGGGCCUGGGGCCAGAGGGGCUGGAAGGGAAGAAGAGGUGGUUAUGGUGAGCAGUGGCCAAAGCACAAGGGCACAGGGGACACAGGAGGCAGGGGCAGAAUCUGAGGAUGGGGGAACCUCAGGCAGGGAGGAGCCUGGGGCAACCUCAGGCAGAGAGGAGUCCGGGACAAUCUCAAGCAGAGAGGAGACCGGAGCAACCUUGGGCAGAGAAGAGGCCGGGGCAACCUUGGGCAGAGAGGAGGCUGGGACAAUCUCAAGCAGAGAGGAGGCCGGAGCAACCUUGGGCAGAGAAGAGACCGGGGCAACCUCGGGCAGAGAGGAGGCUGGGACAAUCUCGGGCAGAGAAGAGGCCGAGACAACCUCGGGCAGAGAGGAGGCUGGGACAAUCUCAAGCAGAGAGGAGGCCGGAGCAACCUUGGGCAGAGAAGAGACCGGGGCAACCUCGGGCAGAGAGGAGGCUGGGACAAUCUCGGACAGAGAGGAGGCCGAGACAACCUCAGGCAGAGAGGAGGCUGGGACAAUCUCGGGCAGGGAGGAGGCUGAGACAACCUCAGGCAGAGAGGAGGCCAGGACAAUCUCGGGCAGGGAGGAGGCUGGGACAAUCUCGGGCAGAGAGGAGGCCAGUACAACCUCAGGCAGAGAGGAAGCCAGUACAACCUCAGGCAGAGAGGAGGCUGAGACAAUCUCGGGCAGAGAAGAGGCCGGGGCAACCUCGGGCAGAGAGGAGGCUGGGACAAUCUCGGACAGAGAGGAGGCCGAGACAACCUCAGGCAGAGAGGAGGCUGGGACAAUCUCGGGCAGGGAGGAGGCUGAACUUCUCGCAGUCAACGAGACAGAACAUGGGGCAUUCCCAGGAGGAAGGACCUCCACGGGGACUGGGAGAGCCUGGGCCCUAGAGGAGACGUGCAAGGGAGACCAGAGGUGGGAGGUGGAUGAGCCCAGAGAGACUGAGGUGAGCCUGUUCCCCGAACAGACACAGGCCCUGGGAACUGAGGGAGUGUUAGAAGCGGCUAGGGAGCAGGGAGCAGGGAGCGAGGCUGAGGAAGGCCAGGGGUCAGAGGGGCUGCUGGGGGAGGGCCUGGAGAUCCAGGCAGAUCAGGCUGAGGAAGAAGCCCCAGGGAGGCAAGAUGCAGAGAUUGGGGCCUCUCAAGCCAGCCUCCAGGAGGUAGUGCAGGCAGAGGAAGCCAAGCAGCCUGAGGAGAGUUGCUGGGCGGCAGAGGCUGAGCUGCUCCAGGACGAAGUGGCAAAAGAGGCUGAAGGUGCAGCUGACUCGGAGGCAACCCCGGAGGCCAGGCCCCAGGAGUUCAGCAGGGAGAGGGGAGAGGAGGAGGCUCAGAUGGGGGUAGAAGCACUGGGGGCAGAGUGGGGGGGCCUUGAGCACCAGGUCAUAGAAGACCAAGAACCUGAGCUGGUAGGAGGUCCCCAGGCCCCAGGGGAGCAACCUGAGGGAGGGCAGGUGGGUCAGGAAGAGCUCUGGAGUAUUCCAGCCCCGGACAAGGAAGAGACAGAGAGGAUCCUGGAGGAAUAUUCUGGGAAUGCAGGGGAUGUCGAGCCCAACAGCUCAGUGGUGGAAUCCUGGGGAAACAGCCAGAGAAGGGAUGAGGAGAGAGGGAAUCCCCAGGAGGAAGAUGAGGAUGCUGAGGAUGGGAUGGAGGAGGCUGUGGGAGGCCAGGCUGUGGCUGAGGCUGAAAGAGGCCGAGAAUCUGCGCCACCAGACAUCCUGGAGGCAGCCGAGGAGUGCGUGACAGCAAAGGAAGCCUGGCAUGGAGCAGAGGAGGGCGAGGCCCUGGGAGCAGAGAACCAGGGGCUGGGUGGAGGGCAUGGGACCAGCCCGUCCCCAGGAGAGUCAGAUGCUGGAGAUACCAAGGAGGGGGAGGGGGAGGCGGCCGUGCCCUGGGGGGCAGACAGAACAUUCGGGAGUGGCUGGAGGCUCCAGGACAGCAAGGACAUGGAGGCAAAUUCUUUGGCUGCCCAGAAUGUGGAGGACAGGGCCGCUUUGGAUGGAAGGGCACCCGGGGCUGGGGAAGGGCCUGAAAGAGAGGCCAGGGAAGCAGGUGGGAGAGGCUGGAACUCGGAAUGGAGAGCGGAAUCUGCUGGAGGUGAAGAGCUGGUGGAGGCUGCGGAGGGUGAGAAGCGAGGCUGGCAGGAGUUUGGCCUGGAGGGCUCCGCAGAGAAGGGGGUGUCUGGCAGGGGUGGCCAAGUAGAGGCUGUUGAGGCCACGGAGGGCGAGCCUGACCGGGAGCAGGUGGAGCCUGGGGCGUUUGCAGUGGCAGAAGGAAGCUGUGGGCUGGUGGAUGUUACUUCAGGCUUCCAGGUGUGGAGGGCAGAGGGCCUCCCAGGAGGCCAGAUACUCUGGGAAGAAAAGGCUGGGGGCUGGCAAGUGAGGGAACAGGGGCCAGGUGGUGAGGGGCAGCCUGGGGACCAGCCCCCCGAGGGAGAGGCACAAAGACCUCUUGACAUGGAGGAUGUCCAAGACCAAAAGGCAGAGGCUGAGAAUGAUCCAGAAGGCCUGGAGGAUAUGCAAGUCCAAGAGGACCAGUGGACAAACCAGGACCUUGCAGAGGCUGAGCCUGGAUCGUGCAGCGAGGCUGCAGGGAGCGCCGCAGGGGAGGCUCACGGCACCUGGAGUGAGGCCCUGCUCCCUGGGUCUCGCCUGGAUGUCUCCAUCCCAAGGAGCCGGGUCUUUCUCUCCCGAAGCGCCUCACAGCGCCGCUCCCGGCCCUCUUUCCGGCGGUCCCUGGCCCCCGAGCAGCAGGAGGAGCCUCCCAGCCCCCCACCAGAAGAGGAGCUGCCAGCCUCCGAGCAGAGACUUCUCCAGCCAGAGAACACCCCGGAGCCGAGCCCCCCAAGAUCCGAAGGGACCCCGUUGCCAGCUAGGAGAAGGCCCCUGGGACAGGGGUUUGGCCUCGGGCAUCCCGGCAUGAUGCAGGAACUGCGGGCCAGGCUGGGCCAGCCAAAGCCCCAGUGACCAGGACUUGAGACUCUGGGGGAGCCACACCCUGAGCAAGGCUCCAAAGGCUGUGUGGAUCCCUGCUCAGCCUGGCUCCCUCUUCCAUUUGUGAUGCAUCCUUCCCACCUUCUGGGCCUUAGUUUCUUGGCGUGGCCUCCACAGAGCAGAAAGAACCAGAUCUCUUCAAAAACCAUGAACGCAGGGAGUCUGACUCUCCAGUGCGGCUGAUGGACCACGGCUCCGCCUGGAAUCACCUCUCUCUGAUGUCCUGCCUUGACCACCGCCCCCAGCCUGUGUCAGGGGCCUGGAGGGCUGAGAGGGGACGGAGACAGGUCCCCAGAGGAAGGGGUCAGGAAGCCCAGGGGAACUCCAUUUGUAAGCAAAAGCUGAUGGGAAGCCGACCAGCCGUCUUGAGUUUCCAAAGUGGGAGCUCAGACUUGGAAGUCUGCUGGUUACUAUGGCAACCACCAGCUGAAGUAGCCAGAGUGGGGGGCAGGGGAUGCAGGCCAGGAACCCCCCAAAAGUAGGAGCAGAGGAGUCCAGGGUGGUCAGAAGCUGCAGACAUUCCAGGCCCCCCGUGGGUGUCAGGCACCCCUUCUCCAAAAAGAAGCCGAGGCAGAGAGAGGGUGAGAGUGCUUUAUUAAUGCACCCAGCACGGCUGCCUAGUCUGAGGAUGACUAGCAGGCCCCCCAAACAAUAAAUAAACCAUCAUUUCCCUGAACAAUAAAUAAAUAUCCAAGAAAUAAAUAUCAGGCAAGGA